AUGCCCGCUGUACCAAAGUCUCCUACACAGUCUAGGCGUUCCGGAGCGCCCAAGGCUAAAGGCGCUGUGCGCGCCAAGUCGGGCUGUUACACGUGCAGAAUCCGCCGGAAGAAAUGCGACGAGUCGGCCAACGCAGACGGUAGCUGCCAAACAUGUGUUCGUCUUCGUCUACAAUGUCUCGGUUUUGGCGCAAAGCGUCCAGAAUGGUUGCGUGCAAACGACAAGGUCGUCGACCUACGAGAAAAAAUUAAAAACUUUCUUGCCGCACAAGGAAUGAUUAAGGGGCAUUCUGGUGCUGGGCCUCGUCCCAACGACCAGGAACCUUCUAUACUAUCACUUUCGGCGGACUAUGCUUCCCCGAGCACGAGUCCGCAGACCCCGACGUUGUCGAUCUCCAGCGACGAGCGACACCCGGGUAUAACACGUAAUGAUUAUCUUCGGGGGGACACUGAUGCUCGACUUCCCGUGAUGCAGGACAUUGAUUCACCAUUGGACGCUCGGGAAAAUUAUCCUGGGGUUAUGCUGCCUGCGUAUCCUUCCACUACUUAUACGACUAGCUUAGAACCAUCAUGGACGCAAUCAAACCUGCCUCGACCUCACACCAGCGACUUCUCUGCAACGUACCAUGCAUCCUUCUCGGUCGAAGACGAGUAUAACGUCAUACCCUCUGGAUAUCUCUUGCCCCAAUCCGUUAACUACAACAACACCAUGCAUCACAACUGGGUUAACCUGAACAUGCAACAAAACGCCUCAUUGCAACACUAUAUGCAACAUGUUCUCCGUAUCCAGUACUUGCAUGCCGACGGGUCCAUUGGUGAACUCGUAUGGAAACUCAUACAUUCCAGUGAUUCAGCCCGAGAGGCUGCAUGUUUACUUGCGGAUUUGCACCGAAAGAGCACCCAAGGUGCAAUUGGUUACGCUGCACCAUCAGAUCAUGAUGUGUACACACGCAUCCAAAGGGCACCGGUGACGGAAGGAGAUGCUCUUGCAAGCCUUUGCAUGGUCUCCUAUUUCCUCUUCUCUGGAGGACAAGGGCAGUGGCAAGCGUUCCUCGACAGCGCUUGCGAAUUUUCAAUUAAAGUUCUCCAGCGGAAACAUGCUGCGCCAGACUGGGCCCUGCGUUCAUGCAGUGACAGUAUGCAGUUUAUUAUCAAGACGUCCAUGUGGUUCGAUGUACUCGCCUCGGCGACACUAAUCCGUCGUCCCAAGUUCCUUGAAGUGCUCCGUUCGCUCUAUGGUUCCACCGGUACCGUUAAUGAUGGCAGACCGGAGCUUUCUAUGAUGGGCGUCAUGGGAUGCGAAAACCGCAUCGUUCUCGCCCUCGCUGAAAUUGCUGAUCUCGCAUGCUGGAAGGACGAGUGUAGGCGUGCUGGUAGACUCAGCGUUCCUGAACUCCUCUACGGCUUUGACACAGAACAGUCGCGCCGACGGCGCCUCACGUCUGACGUAUUCCGCGCGUCUGCCCUUGUCUAUCUCCAUUCCGUCAUCUCUGGGGAUCACCCUCAAUGUCCAGAGAUCAUGACCCACAUCACAGAAACAGUCGAAUGUCUCAGGCGUGCUGAAGACAUCAGCACAGCACGCCAUGUUGUGCGCAGCGUCGUGUUCAGCAUAUGCAUAUGUGGCUGCCUGACGGAUGUCCUUGCUUAUCGCAAUUACUUCCUGCGGCGCCUGCAGGAGCAGCAGACGGAGACGGUGGGGAACUGUACCCGGGUCGCUCAACUUAUGAGAGAAGUGUGGAGCAGCCGAGAACGAGGGGAGCCCGUGGACUGGCGUGUCGUCAUGCAGCAGUCGCAGAUGCUUCUUGUCUAA